UCUGUUUCUGGGUGGACAUGCUGUUGCCCAGUCACAGUAAUUGGUUUAUUCCGGAAUUUCACCAUUGAUUUCUACGGGCGGCUUUUUCCUUUGCCCGGAAGCGAGGGGGGAAGUUCCAAAUGUUUGCCCGGAAGUGUCACAUGUAGGCCCGGAAUGCGAUCUUCUCUCCCAAGGACUGCUCUAGUCUCUUUGUGAAAGACUAAGUGCGCCUUCUCGGUGGCGUGUGAGCCGCGGGGGAUGUCGGCGCCGUUCGAAGAGCGGAGCGGGCUGGUGCCGUGCGCCACCCCCUGGGGCCGCUGGUACCAGACCAUGGAAGAGGUCUUCAUCGAGGUGAACGUGCCGCAGGGGACCCGUGCGCGGGAGGUGGAGUGCAGCCUGAAAAGCCGGCACCUGGCGCUGGCCGUGCGAGGGACGGAGGUGCUCAAGGGUAAACUCUUUGAUUCUACAAUAGCUGAUGAAGCAACAUGGACAUUAGAGGAUCAAAAACUGAUACGAAUCAUCUUGACAAAAACCAAUCGAGAUGCUGGAAACUGUUGGAGUUCUCUGUUAGAGAAUGAGUAUGUUGCUGAUCCUUGGGUCCAGGACCAAAUGCAGAGGAAGCUUACACUGGAAAGGUUUCAGAGAGAGGCAAGUUUACUGGCAUAAUCCUGGAUUUGACUUCAGUGGAGCAGAAAUCUCUGGAAAUUACAGCAAAGGAGGGCCAGACUUCUCUAGUCUUGAAAGAUAGCCAUAUGCUUUCAGCUGUGUUUCCUUGGACUAGGAAACCCCAGUUAUGAAGGACUAUGUGUUCAAGGAAUCUCUUGACAUUUCCAGAAUGGUUUACUGCUUUUUCUGUACAGCUGCUUAUCCUUUGAUCACAAAAUGAUAAAACGUUCUUAUUUAAGUUGUACUUACAUAGUAAUGAAAGCUAAACACCUUACUUGUACAUACCAGUUGGGUGUUUGACAAUGAACAGCCUUUCCCCUGUGCUAUAAUGUUUGAACAGUUUUCAAAGAGUUCCUAUAUAAUAAAGGCAUAUUAUUUUGAUCUA